CUCACUCUACUCUUCUUCUUUUUUCUCUGUAAUUAUUAUUCCAUUAACCUUCAUCUUCUUCCAUCAAACUUUCUUCUGCUACUCACUGUUUCUCCAGUUUUGUCUGUAUUCAUUUUAAUAAAAUCUCAACAGCAAAUUACAGAAGAAUCUCUGCAAGUGAUGAUAAUUUAAUGAGACGUAGCAGCAGCAUUUAAGACCUCUUCACGGAAAAUUAACCGUUUUCUGUUCCCCUUCUCAGACUCUCUCUGUAAAAUCACAUCCUCCUUCUUCUUUGAUGAACCUAGAGAAAGAGCCUAGCUAGAGACAGACAGACAUGUCUUGUGAUCAUCUCCACUUCCAGAUGUGAAAUCAUUCAAUGCAUUUUCAGAGUCUGUACUCAAAAACUUGAAGAAUCACCUUUUUGCUGCUGCAGUUUCAGACGAGAAAGUGUAGUCUUUUCUCUGAAAAAGAAAUUAAUUUCUGAUCAUCAGUACUUCAAGAGAAGAAAAACAAAUUCAAACAGGUUCUAUUCCAGAAGAACUCAGCAAAAGAAAAUAUUGAACUGAAUUCAAUCUUUUGGAAUCAGAGUUAAUUUAUCAGAGAACAUCAUCAAGUUGAAUUUUCUGAUUUCUCCAUAAAAUGCUGACUUGCAUAGCUUGUUCAAAGCAACUAAGUAAUACAGUCGAUCGAGACAAUGACAAACAAUCCAUUAAAACACUCACGUCUCAGAUUAAAGACAUGGCGUUAAAAGCAUCAGGUGCAUACAGAUGUACAAAACCAUACGAACGAUCGGAAUCAGGAGGACCGGCAGCGGCAGAAAAAUGUCAAUGUAAUAAUAGUAACAGCUCGUAUGGGAGAAGUGCUAGUUCAAAUUCAACGAUGACGCCGCGGUGGGGUAAAGAAAUGGAAGCACGAUUGAAAGGAAUAACAAGUACUAGUAGUGGCGGCGGCGGUGGUGGUGGAGGAUCAUCAGGGGAAGGAACGCCGUCACCUUCAUCGCUGAGUCACCACCACCAACACAGCCGAGUCGGGUCAUUGAGUCACAGAGUUGUUUCUGCUUCUUCGAAUUCAAUUGUGUUUAUGGAAGAAGAUGAACCUAAAGAAUGGGUUGCUCAGGUUGAACCGGGAGUACUCAUUACUUUUGUUUCAAUGCCUCAAGGUGGAAACGAUUUGAAACGGAUACGAUUCAGUCGCGAGAUGUUCAACCGAUGGCAAGCUUCCAGGUGGUGGGCUGACAACCACGAUAAAGUCAUUGAACUAUACAAUGUUCAGAGGCUUAACCGCCAAGCUUUUCCACUUCCUACUCCUCCAAGAUCAGAAGAUGAGAGCUCAAAGAUAGAAUCGAUGGGGGACAGUCCAAUGACACCACCGUUAAACCAAGAGCGCUUACCUCGCAACUUACAGGUCCCGAUGGGAAUGGGUUAUUCAUCUUCGGAUUCACUUGAUCACCAUCCAAUGCGUACACGGCAAUAUUAUGAACCUGGUCCUGCUUCAACACCGAAACUCUCCAAUCUUAGUGGGACAAAAACUGAAACUACUACUUCUUCGAUGGAUGCUUCUACUAUGAGGACUAGCUCAUCAAGGGAAGCUGACCGCUCUGGGGAACUCUCACUGAGCAAUGCCAGUGACCUAGAGACGGAGUGGGUUGAACAAGAUGAGCCUGGUGUUUACAUUACCAUAAGAGCAGUCCCAGGAGGCACUAGGGAGCUAAGGCGUGUUAGAUUCAGCCGAGAGAAGUUUGGGGAGAUGCAUGCAAGGGUAUGGUGGGAAGAAAACAGGACUAGGAUACGCGAACAGUACUUAUAAUUAGAAACUGGCCAGUUGGGAAUAAAAGCAUGCAGCUACCUCCAAAUUGGUUACCCUUGCAUGUUAAUUAUAGUUGUUGCCACAGUAAGAAGAUUGUUCUUUGUUAAUUAGGUUGUGCAAUUCAUAUAUCUAUCUAAUUCCUUGUAAGCUUUGAUUAUAUAUUUCAAUUGCAUAAGUUGAGUAUCUCGAACUGGUAUUCAACAGAGCAUUAAGAGGUCCAACUGUGUAUAGCUUUGGCCAGUAAGACAUCAAGUGCGAGAGAACUGGAGCUUCAAUAUCGUCGAAUGUAUUAAGUAUGUGAGCCGUGGCUCUAAUUGAAUAUAAUGUUGCAGUAUUCACAAA